AUGACUCUGUCUCCUGGGCAAAUCUCGUCGUCGUUCCUUCACACCGGUAUAGGCAGUGAUUCACACACUUACGAUGUAUUUACGUAUUGGAGCGCGUCUGCUAUAGCUGGGGGGCCAGUCACGACAAUUGAGUUUGAAAGCUGGAACGCACAGAAAACUACAGAGUCGCUUUCCAGCACUUUGUCUACCGGUUCACCAGCAAUCCCUUCGGACACGGCGCCACCAACUCCCUCCGAUACCCAAGGACCAACAGGUAUAUCCUCAUUAGUGUCUCCAACAGACCCAGCGGCGACAAGAACCCCCGGCCCAACUGGAUCGCCUCGUCCGAGUACGAGUCUGACUUCAACUUCAUCACCAGGUCUGAGCAAUGGAGCUAUUGCCGGUAUUGCUGUAGCCAGCGCCGUCGCGGGAGGGCUCUUAGGCUUAGCAAUCGCCUUCCUUCUUUUCCGUCGACGAAAGGGUACCGGUCGACCGGUUCAGUACACGUCUGUCGAGUAUGCUGGUCCCGAGAAGGGCUCUCCAAGCGUUUCAGGAGCAGACCCGUUGCGACUGAACGAGUUCUUGCUGGAUGCUAAGCCUGACGGCGAGAUCGGUGCCGAGUUACGAUCGCUUGCGCACCUGAUCCAGCAGCAUGUCGAGAAUAACUACCAUCUCCAGCCAGUAUCAAACUCCGACAUGCUAAUCCACUCCCUGACAAAGCUUGGACUGGACCAAUACCCAUCGAUGACAGCCAAUCGCCUCGCAGCGCUGGCGAUGGACCCCAGCACUCGCUAUCUGGCUAUUCAGCAUGUCAUCGCGACCGUCACCUUCGCCAGCAUCUCCAUGGACGGCAUCUCGCCUGUCUCUCUUCUCCCGCCGACCGUCGCUGUAUUUUACUCCAUGAUUCCGCCGACCGAGAAUUAUAGGGGUAGCCGUCAAGCUGUGGAAGUCGCACUCAUUCGAUGGCGACAGCUAUCUGCCUUCUUGCUCCACCCGCACCGCAGCGACCGAACGCCCCUUGUGCCGUCAGAGGACGCGAGUACCCAGCAGGCUCAAGAACUGGCCGUGGCCCUCAACACCUUCCUAGGGGCCUUCGCAGCUGGGGAUCGCGAGGACAGAUACGAACAGGAGAACCACCUCCGAGAAGUCAUUGUGGAAUGCGUCACGCUGGGCUACCUGCUAUUCUCCCAACCUUCAGAGUACCGGUUCCGGUUUGAUAGUGGUGGGAGACAGAAUGUCAUAGUUGUCUGUCCUGGACUCGAGAAGGUCAGCGACGAAGAUGGUCGGCGAUACCCUUCGACUGGUCACUCCAUCGUUGCGCCAAUGGUUGAGAAUAUCUGA